AUGAGUAGAACGAGAGCUCAAAAGGAAGAAAAGGCAGGGCCUUUCUUCUUAGCCACACUUGUGCUCUGGUUCGUCUCCGUUUUGUUCGAAAUUCUGUUCCACAGGCGCUCGCAGCUGCUCUCCAUAGUCGCUGGCUGUUUCUUUUACCAAUUGGCCAACUGGGUUGUUCGCGCUUUCGUCUCCCGCGACCCUCUCUUUGUCAACACAUCUGUUUCUCUGCUCCACUCCACCAUAACCUCCUCUUCAGAGUUUAGUGAUAGAGCCAGGUGUGUUGGGGAGUUUAGGGUGGUGGGAUUAAGGUUGCCCAUGCGCCUACAUUUCUCUCAUCUUGGCAUUCAGGGUGGUUCGGUGGUUAAAAAUGGUUCGAUUGGCAUGUUUGAGCACUCUCAGUUGUUUGGAGGUACUUGGCCAUGGGCAUACCCAGCUUUGUGUUUUUCGUGCGGUUACUUUGCAUAUGAUCAGUGGGAUAUGCUGCAUUAUGGAUUAUAUAGUGGUUGGAUCCCUUCCAUCCUGAUGCAUCAUCUGAUACUCCUCAUUUGCUUUACUCUUGCUUUGUAUCGGAAUGUGACCAUCAAUUACCUUAUUCUCACUCUCAUUUGUGAGCUGCAUUCUAUCUUUCUGCACGUGAGGAAAGUGCGGCGGAUGGCAGGUGUUCGUGAUGCCAAGAGCAAAAUUGUAAUGGCAGAAUGGGUUCUUAAUCUGGUCACCUACAUUGUAGCAAGGGCUGGAGCUCACCUUCUCAUCACUGCCAAGCUCAUCUGGGAUGCUCCCAAAUUCGGAAAGGGCAUUGAGCUGCCACUUGCAUUGUUUGGGAUGUUCGGAAUGAACUUUCUGAAUGCCUUUCUUGGCAUCGAUCUCUUCCAUGCUUUCAAGAGAGAGAGGAAUCCUCAGAAUACUAAUAGUCAUCAUGAGUGA